AUGGAGCCGCCAGCCAAGAAGCAGAAGAAACUGCUCAUGGACGAUGACAGCUCCAAUGACAGCAGCGAUGAUGGAGGAGCCCUGCUCGGCAAUGGAAACAACAACAUCGGGUUCAAAGUCAACGAGGAGUACGCGAAGCGGUUUGAGUAUAACAAAAAAAGAGAAGAAAUACAACAGUUGGAGGACAAAUACGGCAAAACAACCGGCCUUGGGAAACGCAAAAAGCUGGCGGAUGACGGUGCUGACACGUCAGACGGAUCCGAAGAAGACGAGGGGGAAUCAUCCUCUGAGUCCGAAGAUGAAGAUGAUGAAGGAGUGUUAGCAACCGAAGACCUCGACCGCGAAAUUUUUGAUACAUUAAACGCUAUCCGCUCCAAGGACCCCAGGGUCUACGAUGCCAAUGUCAAAUUCUACAGCGAAAUCAAAGAAGCGGAAGAUGAGUUGGAGUCAUCGUCAGCUAAGAAGGAGAAGCCUAUGUUCAUACGCGAUUACCAUAGAGAAAAUCUGCUGCGCGGCGGCGCCAAUGGUGGCGAGAAGGAGGCGGAGGAGGAACCAAAGACCUUUGCACAAGAACAGGCAGAUCUGAAACGGGAGAUUAUCAAAGAAAUGCACGCCACCAAUGAUGCAAGUGAUGGAGGCAGCGGGGGCGAGGAUGAGGAGGGCGGCUUCCUCAUUCCGAAGACAAAGCCAACGGUCCCUGAUAUUACAAAAGCACCUGUGCUGGAUGUCGAAUCUGCAGACAAAGACCCUGAAACCUUCCUGUCCAACUUCUUGAAAUCCAGGGCCUGGGUCCCUACCGAAAAAUCGAAAUUCCAGCCCCUAGAAUCCGAUGACGAGGAAGAAGAGCAGCAGGCCGAGGCCUUCGAAGAAGCAUACAACUUCCGUUUCGAGGAUCCCAAUAAAAUCAACGAGGUGCUAGUGACGCAUUCUCGAGACACUACGUCCAAAUUAUCUGUCAGGAGAGAAGACCAAAGUAGCAGGAAGAAGAAAAGACAGGCCGAACGACUGAAGAAGGAAGAGGAAAAGAAGCAGCGUGAAGCGGAGCGGAACCGUCUACGGAAACUGAAAAUCGAGCAGCUUGAGGAGAAAAUUGAGAAGAUCAAGGCAGCCGCAGGCCUGCGAACGUCAGAUUUCAGUGAGGAGGAUUGGGCACGUUUUUUGGAUGAUGGAUGGGACGAUGCCAAGUGGGAGGAGGAGAUGGAGAAGCGAUUUGGUGAGAAGUACUACGCUGAGGCCGAAAAUGGUGAUGAUACUAGUAGUGGUGGAGGAUUACAUGGUGGCUCCAAGAAACGAAAGCUGAAGAAGCCCAAGUGGGAUGACGAUAUCGACAUCAAGGACUUGGUUCCGGAUUUCGAUGACGAAGAAGGGGAGAUGCCCCAGCUCAGUGACACGGACAUGCAAGAUGCAGCGCACGAGGGCGGUGAUGAAGGAAUCAAUGGCGAUGGCGAUGAAGAGGAUGCCGCUAAACCCAAAUCCUACAAGCACAAGAAGAAACAAGCCCUACAGGAGAAAAAGGAGAAGCAAAAGGAAGCACGAAAGGAACGCCGGAAAAUCGAACAGCUCGUCGACAAGAGCCUUGACCUCGACCUCGACACAGCCCUGCUCCCGGGCGCCUCCAAGAAAUACAGCGGCCAGUUCCGCUACCGCGAGACGUCGCCAGUUAACUUCGGACUGACUGCGCGAGACAUCCUCAUGGCGGAUGACAGCGCCUUGAACCAAUUUGCGGGCUUGAAGAAACUGGCGUCGUUCCGUGACCCGGAGCGCAAGAAAAAGGACUUCAAGAAGCUGGGCAAGAAAGCACGACUACGGCAGUGGCGCAAGGAGACGUUUGGUGAUGAGAACGGAACCCCUGCCGACUUUGCGCUGCCGCUAACGGCCCAAGAGAGUACAUCGGCCGGUGCGGAGGGGAAACAUGCGACAGAUAAGAAUAAGGAUGAUGGGGCGAUGACGGUGGAUAUUCGAGACGGAAAAAAGAAGCGGAAACGGUCUAAGAAGAAGAAGCAUCAAGAAGGGCUGGAUGAGGCAUAA